AUGUCCGAUGGCGGUGGUAGUUCUAGCAACUACCCUAUAAUAGAUUCUCAUAUCCACCUCUACGCAGACACGCAUAUACCACACCUCAACUGGGCUCCGUCACUCCCAGAUGGCCACGUUCUGAAAAGGCAGAACUCGGUCGAACAGUACCGCGCGGCCACAAAAUCGCGCUCGAGCUUGCUCGGCUUCGUCUUUGUCGAGACAGACCGAAGGUCAGGAUUAGAAGAAGAUAGUUGGGAGCAUGCACUCGCAGAGGUCGACUUGCUCCGUCGUAUCAGAGAUGGAAGCCCAUCAGAAGGAGAAGGCCACGUACCUGAAGACCGGUCUUUAGCAUUGGGGGUAGUCGCAUGGGCACCACUUGGUGCUUCGGUCAAGUCUUUGGAAAAGUACUUGGAUCGGCUUGGUGCUUCACGAGACCUGCAAGCGAAGGACGGACUGGUUCGUGGCUUUCGCUACCUUCUCCAGGACAAGCCACAAGGAACAGCUCUUAGAACUGAGUUUAUAGACGGGUUACUGCUUCUCGAAAAGCAAGGUGCCAAAUCCUUCGAUCUAGGCGUGGACUAUCGUCAAGGUGGUCAAUGGCAGCUACUUGGGGCAGCAGAAAUGCUUCGGAGAUUCUAUGAGCACAGUACAGGAACGAUGAAAAUCGUCAUCAAUCAUCUAUGCAAGCCAAAUUUGCACGAGAAUGUAACUACACCAAGAUCCGACCCUGAAAAUUUCAAGGUCUGGCGUAAAUGCAUCAAGACCUUGUCCGAAUUUCCCACAACCUACAUGAAGCUGUCUGGCUUGUUCUCAGAACUCCCAUCACAGUCGCCUGACCAGCCUACACCCAUCUCCGAACUUCUCGAUGUAUCGAGACCAUACAUCCAGGAGAUCUUCCGUGACUUUGGACCAGAUUAUGGUAACAGCGGAGGUAAGAUGCGUAUCAUGUUCGGCUCCGACUGGCCAGUCUGCAAUGUAGGAGGGCCUGGGAUUGAGAGAUCAUGGACGCACUGGGUCGAUUUUGUGGGCGCGGUCCUUGAAGAGCUGCAUCUUAGCCAUGAGGAUAAGGCGAUGGUGUGGGCGGGUUGUGCCAAAGAGGUCUAUGGACUUGACGUGAGGGUAGAUAGGUAG